GUCUCGCCCGGUUGUCAUUCCCGGAGGACGAGAAGCAGAGGGUGUGAUCCACGUUUACCUGGCCGCUGUUACCUGGUGCUCUCGUUGUCACUGAAUGUCGGUCGUCGAAUUUCAUCCGCUGUAGGACGCUAAACCCUGGCUUCACUCCGGAGUAAAGCGGAGAAGGGAUUAAAGAAUGCUAAGAAGAUCCUGACUCGUGGACCCAACAUGAGCGUGACAUCAUGGUUCCUGGUCAGCAGCUCUGGCACACGCCACCGGUUGCCACGGGAGAUGAUCUUUGUUGGCCGGGAUGACUGCGAGCUAAUGCUGCAGUCUCGCAGUGUGGACAAACAGCACGCUGUGAUCAACUAUGACCCAAACACAGAUGAGCACAUGGUGAAGGACCUGGGCAGUUUGAACGGGACAUUCGUGAAUGACCUAAGAAUCCCAGACCAGACGUACAUCACUCUGAAGCUCUCAGAUGUCGUCCGAUUCGGUUAUGAUGCUCAUGUAUAUAUCCUGGAGAGGAGUCAACACAAGGUCCCAGAGGAAGCUCUUAAACACGAGAAGUACACCAGCCAGUUGCAGCUCAGUAUAAAAGCCCUGGAGGCCAAGGCGAAAGAAAAACAGCAGCUCCAGAGUUCAGAGAAGAGCAAAGACUCUCUUUCCAAUAAUAAACUGCAGGACAGGGCUGAGCGAAGAGCCCACUCUCUGCCAGCUGCCACAGAUUCUCCGAUAUCGAAGCCUACUCCUCUGUAUGGCCAACCGUCGUGGUGGGGGGAGGAUGAGGACCCAGCCAACAAAAAGCAGAGCAGAGGUGGAAAAUCGCCAGAACAGGAGUCUCCAGAGCCUGGCAAAGAUGUGUCCAAAUGUGAGGUCAACGGUUCUCUGUCCGACAGUCAGGCCAAGUCCAUCUUCUCCUACCGUCGGGAGCCCAGCUACUUUGAGAUCCCAACAAAGGAGUUCCAGCAGCGACCUGCCAAAAAGCCUGAAUCGGAAGUUCAUGAGGUUCCCACAAAAGAUACCCCCGAUCCCACUCAAUGUGUCCCCUCCACCCCCACACCUCCUGUGGUCCAAAGCCACGCCUCCUUCACCAUCGAGUUUGAUGAAUGCACACCAGGUAAAAUGAAGAUCAAGGACCAUGUGACCAAGUUUUCUUUCCGCCAGCAGCGAAAGCUACCCUCCACAGAGGUUGUUACCACACCCACCGAGGUGAUGUCAGUAGAAAGCAAAGUUGCUGACUGGCUAGUCCAAAGCAAUGCUAGCAUGAUGAGGAGGAGGUCACAGGCUGAAGACACAUACAGCACAAACAGUGACCCGUCACUUCUGAAGAACACCAACGCAAACCACCGUGAAGAUGGCAUUCAAAGUGAUUCAGGGGAUCCUGCAGUCCCUGGAAAUAGCUUUGUUCAGUCAGAACCUCAGACUGGGUCCCAGGUGUCUCCACAAUCCCUGAGAAACACCCCCCCAGAACGCCUCACCUCCCCUGACUCUGAGGAGCCCUUGUCCUACUCUUCUCCAGAGUCGCAGUCCCUUUCCAGUCUCGGCAAGGCUGAGCCUCACCAGGCCUUUGUCAUUGAAUUCUUUGAUGAAAACCCAAGAAAGAAGUGCUCCCAGUCCUUCAUCAAUAACACUACCCCACCUGAGCCCUCAGGACUCAGGGUCCAGCUGGAGAAGGCAAGGAAGAGCUCAAGCCCAACUGGGGAGAGACAAGUCCCAUUUUCAGCCUCCACCACUCCUCCAUCCCAACGAUACACCGUCCCCCUGAAGGGCCCUGCUUCCACUGGUCCCCAAAGAGCUGGCUCUCUACGAAGGGAAAAGACAGAAGACCGAAUCAGCACCAGCUUUUCCUCCCGUUCUUCGUCUUCUGUCUCUGUAAGGGCCUUUUGCAGUGUGGGCCGGAAAUCAAAACUCGCCCAGGAUUUUACUGCUGAAUUGUUCAAACAAACAAAGCAGGCCUGUUCUGCCAGCUUGGAGAAAAAUACACCUCGUUCCUCCAUAGCAGCUAAAACAGAGGCAGUGGUAAGAUCAGUGUCCAGUCCCCCUCCAUCUAAUGCUCCUUACCAACCCCAGACUUCCUCUCCUAUCCACAAGCCUAUUCCCCUCAAGGCCCCUGUGAUGCCCCUGGCAUCUCACAGUGUGGAAGUCAAGAGCCCUAUUGUCAGCUCCAGAAAUGAAGAGGAGGACAGUCUUAGUGAUGCAGGGACCUACACCAUUGAAGCAGAUGUCCAAGAUAAAGAGCUAGAAGAGGCACGUAGCAAGAUUGACAAGGUGUUUGGUGUUGUUGAGAGCCCAGAGCGAACCAACCAGAGUGAAGCAGAAACAUCAUCAGCAUUUAGGCCUGUUAUUGUUCAGGGCAGGGAGCAGCAUAGGCAGAGUAACAGUGGGCAGGUUCAGCCAGCAGGUGCAGUAUUACAGGGGGCUCCUAAGUGGAUGUCUUGCUGGGCCAGCUUGGCAGACAGCUAUGCAGAAUCUGGCCCUUCGUCUGGCUUCUUUGACAUCCCUUCCCAGAUGGAGCUGUCAGGAGGGGCACGAGGUGCAAUCACACACAAGGCCACACUCAGCCUAAACCAUGACAGUACAGACUUGAGAGCUCGACGCAUCCUGCCCCAGGUACCAGUGGGGGAGAAGAGUGACAUUCCAACUCCCAGCAUCCAUGUUCAUUAUGACCCGAGUUCAACAUUUGAUGAAGAACAGAAUAGUUUAGUGGACCCCAGGUCUCAGGAUGGCAUUCACAGGUUGUCAGUGCAGGACGACGUAGAGCCUGACAGCUUGAGUGACGCCAGCAGGUCCGAUGAUGGUUCCAUAAUAGAGCAGAGGAGGAGACCGCUGUCAGACACAGAACUGAAGAAAAAUGAGGAGAAGCCCAGACUCCCAGCCAAGUCUACAUCAUUCUACAUCGAGUCAGAAGAGGUUGCGUCCAAACCAGAAUGCGGAGGCUCAAAACCCACCACUCCUAAGACUGAGAGAAAACAUGUGACCAAAACUUUCUCAACAGCCACCCUGACCAAACAGAGAGGUAGCCAGGACUCUGGAAGAGUCAAGCCAAGUCUGUCUGCUCCUAUCCUGGACCAGAGGACAGAGAGUCCAGAGCACAAAGAGGGCGCAGUAUCCCCAUUAAUCAGACAAGAGAGCUUCACCAAGGAGCGGCCUAGCAAUGCCAGAUUGCCCAACAUCUCUAGCCAGCCUGCUCAGAUCGACCCAGACCCUGUAUUAUUCAAGGGAGCCUGCAAUCAGGACACUCAUUCUUACCUCAAAGAGACAGAGGAUGUUCUUGCUGUUCUUGAGGCCAAACUCCAAGCAGGACAUUCAGAAACCAUUCCGUCUCCAAUAAUGGACUCUCUUUCUGGGGAGUCUGAUGUGGAUACCUCGAGCACAGUCAGCCAGCAUAGCAGCAAGACCAAGCCAAACACAUUGACGAAAAAACCUUCUGUUAGAGGCCUCCACAGGGAAAGGUCUUCAGCUAGUAUAGCUAGUCAGGAUUUAAAUCACCAGUCCAUGUCGUCAGAAAAGCGCCGUUCUCAGGGAGCAGACAGCAAGAAUAAGACUGAGUCUGUCAGGAGGCCAGUUGGACUGAGACGUAGUGUUGGGAAAUGUGGUUCCACAGACCUAAGUGAUGACCCUCACAGCUUACCUUACUCUGAUCAGGAGUCUAACACCUACCAAACCCGCAAGAAAUACACCGUGCCCCUUCAGAGGGAGGACACCAAGACUUCCAGAGUGUCCCAGGCCUUGAGUCGUGCCAACAGCUUGUCAGCUCCAAGACCCACCAGGGCAUCCAUGCUACGUCGUGCUCGCUUGGGAGAGGCCUCAGACAACGAGGGCACGGAGACGGACAGGCUGUCACAGGAGGCGUGCAACAUCCCAGCUAAGCAGCCCCAAGAAAGCAAGAAACUCUCCAGGCUGGAUAUGCUGGCGAUGCCCCGUAAGCGGACGAGCUCGUUCAACACACCCAGCGACACUGAAGCUUCUUCCACCCCACAGUGGAUGGGCAGGAGCACAGGAUUCUCCAACCGCAGCACAGAGUCCAGUGGCAGCUCCGUUCAAAGGGCCUCUGCUCCAGGGCCAAAACCUGUAGAAAGGCAGCAGAAAGCAGCACUGAACAAGACCCCAGUCACCCGCGGACGUUCAAGUAGUGCCAAAUAUGCCAGCAGCACAGCAAGCUCCAGGAGGCGACAGAAAGGCUCAGACUAUACCUCUACCUCAGAUGAGGAUUACGACUCAAACCAGAGCACUCCUAAACACAAACGCUCCCAACCUUCCUCAGCCUCCCACAGCCCACGCAAUCAGCCUCGGCCCCAGCCGGUGGUCGCCCUGCGUCCAAAGCCCCGCGGCAGAGAUUCUGAGGAGGAGAACCCCGAGGGAGACGCCUUCCAAAACUGGUCCACUCACAGUGCUGAGAUUGCACGGUUGAGUCAAGACCUGGCUAAAGACCUAGCUAUCUUGGCCAGAGAGAUCCAUGACGUGGCAGGUGAUGGUGAUCCUCAGAACCCUGGAGUGGAAAGCAGCUCAUCUAUCUCUGCAGCAACCGCCCAUGAACAGUGUAUUCCAGAGGCUGGAUUAAGCUACCAGAGAGGCCCACUAAAUUCUGUAUCUACAAGGGAACCUGACCAGAGUUCAAGUGACCACGAACAGAACUCCAGCCAGCGAGCCCGGAGCGCAGACGAGAUCAUUUUGGACAAUCUGAUGCUGAAUCCAGUGUCUCAGAUCAUCAUGGCCAUCAGAGAAAACACUGAGCAACUUGCUGACAAAAUUAAGGUACUGUUCCAGGACAGGGAGGAUAUCUGGGAAGAAAUUGAGGCAAAGGUUAAUUCUGACAGUGAUGCCCCCAUUUUCAAAACCUCCAACAAGGAAAUCACCUCUAUCUUGAAAGAACUUAGGAGAGUUCAACGACAACUUGAAGUCAUUAACACAGUGAUGGAGCCCAGUGGGCCGCCUGAAGCAUCCAAGGGCUCAGCUUCUGCCAGAUCCUCCUCGUCUGGAGUUCGCUCCUCCAGACCUCCUUCCUCACGAGACUGGAGAACAGUCCACUCUGUCUCGAAACGAGGUGGCGGUCCGAGGCCCGGUGAGGGUGUCAGGAGACCAGCUGUGACACCAGACGAUCUCAGAGAGGGAUAUUUGGUCUGAGAUCUGACACAAAUACACAGUGCUGAACUUCUGCUGUAACCCCACACACACAGGUGUUGGACCAUUGUGCGCAGAAUGAAACCAAGCGGGGGGAAGUGAGACUGGAUACACAGAACUGAACCCUCCUGCACAUCCAAACAUACACACUACUGCACUAUGAGCACUACACACCUACACAACGGUGUAGUACACAGUGAAGCCUUUGCUAAACGCGCUGAUGAAUUGAAAAACUACCAUAAUACUUCUCUUCACCUCUUAAAAGCCUCAAAACUAUACUUGAUUCUGUGUGUUAGAGAUGGUCCUCAUUAUUUACCAAUGAUACAACCAACAUUGCUGAUUUUAAAAGCUCAUUGUAAUUACUUGGUUUAAUUUUGAACCAGCCUGAACUUAAUCAACUCAGGGAAAUUUAUUAACAAAUCAGAUAUUUGUGUUUAGUGACAUAUAACAUUUUGAGGAAAUAUUAGUUCAUUGAUAUUAGUUUUAAGUAGAAACAAAAGCAGUAACACCUUACAGAUGUUAGUGUACUGUGUGUUUCUUUCCUCAGUAAACCCACUGCAUUUCCUUCGAUAUAUUUUUUUCCCUGGUUGUGUCUUUGUUUGCCGAUUCUCUUUGUGGAGCAGAUUUAUGGAAGAAUGUAAAAAGUAUUUAUUAGGGGUCUUUUAUGAGACACUGGUAUUUUGUAACCGAGACAACAUGACUUCGGGAGAGAGCUGGUAGACUCUAUUGCCAGACCAAUUCAUCUUGCAUUACACAGUUGCUACCAGCCAGUUUCUUGUGUAUUUAUUCUGUUAUUUCCCAGUGGAGCAACCUCUUCAUUACAUUGACAUUGUCUGUUUUGCCCAGCCAGAGGUGAAAGUCCCUCAGGAAUGUGUGUCCAAAUGGAAGUUGUGGCUGAGUCCAUGGUUUAGUCACCUGGCAACCACAAACUCAAGUGUAUAUAAAACACUAGCAACCAGUUUUCCAGCGUUCCUGUGCUUUUACCUUCUGAAAAGUGCAUUUUUAUUUGAGUUAAACACAGUUGGGGGUUUGAAACUUGUUUUUGUUUUUUUUCUGUUGUCUUCCAUGCCUGAAGUUACCUCUGAGGGUUUGACAAUCAUAAAACGACUGACAGGGAUGAGUCUCCUUUAUCUGUGUUUGUACUGAGCUCAUCACGCUACACCUAAACCUCCACAUGUUGGUGUCAUUAACUAAGAGCUAUCAGAGCGCUGUGAUAAGAAGUGAUAUUUCCUCAGUGUGUCGAGUCACAAGGUCUCUUCUGAUGGGUCUUCACAUGACAGGAGAAGUAAUGUAGUUUCAGCAUGUAAGCUGACAAACUGUGUGAAACUGCAAAUCUGAUAAUUAGUUUGUGACAUUUUGUUGUUUCGUAUGUAAAUAUCUAAAAGAUACCUAUAUGUCCUACAAAUUACCUCUCAAUCUUGUCUUUUGCACUAAUGUAGUACAGCAUUAUCCCCUUGAUAUGCUGCGAAACUGAAAGCCUUUCUUCUCCUGUGACAGAUUGUAAGCAUUUGAUGCUGUUGGAGUUGAAGCAGGGAAAAAGGCAACCCAGUACACCAGCAAGUUUUUGUUUCCCUCUUCCCAGUCCACACUGUACACGUGAUUGUAAUUGGGAAGUACCUGUAAGUGCCACAGAGCUGUGUGUGGACAAUGUUUCAUGCAGCCAAGUACAGUGGUUGUUUACAAACUCAUGCGAAAACUGAAUGUUUGUCCUUUUUAGCUCAAAGUAUUGCUGCUAUUCAUCAUCUGUGGGAUGGUGUUUCCCAUUUGCUUUACUUCAUCUAAGCCCACAGAAAGUCAGAGAGCUAAAGUUUAAAUCAUGUGUCCCGUUUUUUUGCUAUUCAGAUUCUGUUUCUCCUCUGUACCCUCCAGAAUGAUUUGGUUGUAAUCUUGCUGUCCUGUUAGUUUGUAUUUAUGUUUGGUUAUUUCUGUAAUUUGUUAGAUAGUUAUUCCAGGUUUGUUUGGUUUUGUCUUUUUUUU